AACUGAGUGUGCAACUGUGGGAUUUGUAAUUCCUGAAUCCUGCCUGGCUGAUCCUAGAGGAGGAGGAGGAGGAGGAAGGGGAGAGCCUCCUGUCUGUGCCACUCUUCAGCUCCUCACAUUCCUCAGGCUCCAGCUGCAGCUCUGGACCCCCACCCUACUGAAGGGCUCAGAAAUGCCUCGUGGCUCAUGGGAAGCAGGAAGGCAGCAGUGGGAGUGAGGGUUUCACAAUCUGCUCCCCACUCAGCUGCUGUGGGGCUGCUUGGUGCUUCCCAGCAGGGAAAGAGAGAAAUGCUGAAUUAGAGAGAGAAAUGCUGAAUUUCUGACCAGAAAACACAGAAUCCUUCAAGGAGAAACACCUUCAGCAUGGCCCAGAAAAGCCAGACUGGUGGAACUGAGAAAAAUGGGUCCUCCCUCCUGUACAGCAAGAGUGAUCUCAAGGAAGGAGCCCUGCAGUGGGUGCCAGAACCCUCCCAAGGCCAGGUGCUUCUGGUGCUCAGCAUGGACAACACCUGCCCCAGCUCCUCCUUUGACAUGGACCUUUGUGCUGACAAACUGCAGUCCCUCGGCAUCCAGGUGCCAAUGGAUCCAUGGAGAAGGCUGAUCCAGGAGGGAGUGCUGAGCCCCCAAGUGAGGCGGUACCUGUUCUACAGCUCCAAGGGCUGCCAGAUUGCCAUGGCCAUGGUAUUCUACAUCUCUCUCUGGACAAACCUUUACUCCACCCUCCAGCUGUGUUCCCUGGGCCACUCCUGGGGGGCUGGCGUGCUGGUGACACUGGUGGCCCUGGCUCUCACUGUCCUGGUGAUCCUGGUCAUUGAUGGGCACCAGAGGAAGCUAAAUGUGAACACAGAUGUGAGGCUGGCAGCUGUCAAUGAAAUCUUUAUCAAACACAGCAUAAUCCUGGGGAUUACAGAUGUCCUGGAUGGGCCACACAACAUCCUACAACUGUGCUUUGUGCACUUCAGCCCCCAGCCCUGCCUCCAGGCCCUGGCAGCCCACAUCACUCACCUGCAGGGCACACAGGCAGGCUUGAGGCACAGGCUGAACAAGCUCUGGGUGGUCAUGGAUGUGGCAGCUCAGCCCCAGCUGGGGGUGGAGGAGGAGGCUCCAUGUGAAGAAUCCCCUCUUUUAUCCAGAGGGGUGACCCUGAAUAAAGAUCCUGUGACUUGCAGUGAGCUCCUGCACCUCAUCCCUGAGGGCCCACCCCAGGCCAUGGCCCAGCAGCUCCUGGUGCUGUUCAGCGCGUGCUACGUGCGGCUCCUGGUGACGGGCCGGCUGCCCCGGGCCAGCCCCGGGGGACACCUGGGCCACAGCAGCGUGCCCUGCCUCUGCCAGUUCAUCCAGAGCACGCUGCUCUGCUCCUGAGCCAGCAAUGACACGUGUCACCCUGCUUUUCUAAGCCUUCUGAUGUUUAAAUUUCCAUAAUGGAGUUUCUCACACACAGUCACCACGAUAUUUUCUGAAAAAUCCCUUUGCCAGGAUUUUUCUCUUGAGAAGCCUCAGAAAAGAAAUAUAAGCAAUAAUUAUCUGGUUGCUUGGAAUGUAGACUGGAGGUUACUUACCAACAGGUGCAUCUUUGAUUGAAGAAUUGUGAGAAUUGUUUUUAAUUAAUGGCCAGUCCCAGUCCAGCUGUGUCAGGACUCUGGUCAGUCACAG